AGCACCAAUUUGGUUAGAGCUCAAAAAACCGAAGCAAAAUGAGAGGGGUAGAUGACGGAAAGGGAAAGGAAACGGUGACGUUUGGAGCACCUAGUCAUGACGAGGAAGGUCGGAAAAGGGUUGAGAAGGUGGAGGUCGACACCCACAAUGUAGACACACUUAAGUACAUCGAAAAGAAGCUGGAGGACAAGGGAGUGCUUCGAAUGGAGCGUCAUCCUGCUGACGGGCUUAGUCUGAAGCGCGGCCCACCCAAGUCCGGCCACGGCGGCAAGUACACUUGGGAGGGUCCUGACGACUUGGUUCACAACGAGCUCGAGGGUGCGCCACCGGCUUUGGAUGAAAAGGAUCCCAACUUUGUGGAUGAAGAGGAGGAGGAGAGGAUUGUGAAAGGGGAAGAAGAAGAUGUGGCGGGGCUUGUUGUCGGUGAAGUUGAGGUGGCCAAGGCUGCUGAGGUCAAAGAAGGGGUUGCUAGAGUUGAGGUUGAUCCUAGCUUGAAGUUGAAGGUCAUAUGAAGAGUGUUUUUUAAAUCUUAAUCUAAAUUAUAUAUAUGGCGUCUUUUUUUUUUUUUUUUGUAAGCAUGAUUAUAUAAUAGUAAUAUGACUUUAUUUGUACAAUUGUACGUGUUCUUUAA